AUGCAUUCCACUCUUUUCUUCGCGUUGGCUUGUGCAUAUGCAAGCACGGUUCUUGCAUGUACAUGUGUUGUGACGGAGUAUUCUAAGAUUCCUGGGGCUCUAGCAAAAUGCACGGAUAUUGUGCUUCAAGACAUUGCAGCGCCGUCCAACGGAACAAUCGAUCUUUCCAAGGCGAAGAAGGGCUCCGUGAUUACAUUCGCUGGCACGACAACUUUCGCGUUUACCAAUUCGAGCGACUUCAUCCCUAUGAAGUUCGGCGGAAAGAAUAUUACUAUCAGAGGUACUCCGGACUCAAUCAUCGAUGGAAACGGACCAAUGUAUUGGGAUGGAUUGGGGUCGAACGGAGGUUUACCCAAACCAAAUCAUCUCAUCGCAGUCAAGAUGAAUGAUUCGCUCAUCGAGAACCUGCAGCUCCAGAACUGGCCGGUUCGGGCAUUUAAACUUGGUAACUCAAGAGACGUCACGAUUCGCAACAUCUACUUGGACAACACACUCGGAGAUCUCCCCAACGACCUCAGUGGGGGCAAGAACGCCGCCCAUAACUCGGAUGCUUUUGGUGUCGGCACUAAAAGCAAAAAUAUUUUAAUUCAUAAUUGCACCGUGUACAACCAAGAUGACUGUGUUGCUGUCACAUCCGCGGACAACGUCACUGUCUCAAACCUUUACUGCUCGGGCACCCACGGAUUGAGCAUUGGUUCUAUCGGAGGAAAAUCUUAUAAUAAUGUCACCAACAUUCUCUUCACGGACAGCUACCUCCGCAACUCAACCAACGGCGCCCGCAUCAAAAGCAACUUCAACACGACCGGCUACGUCGCUAACAUCACCUACUCCAAUAUCCAGAUGUUUAACAUCUCCGAUUACGGCAUCGUCGUGCAGCAGGACUACUUGAACGGCGGACCGACUGGCACGCCUUCCAAUGGCGUCAUCAUCGAGAACGUGCUGUUCAAGAACAUCACGGGCACGGUAACCAGCGAUGGUAUCAGUUACUACGUGCUAUGCGGCACGGGCUGCAAGAAUUUUGUGUUUGAGGACGUCAAAAUCACGGGCGGUAAGCCGAACAGCAGCUCAUGUAAUUUCCCAGCGAGCGGAUGUCCGUUGGCCUCUUAUAAGACUUAUAAGAGCAAGCCAUUACCAAAAUAUCCCACGUGUAAGAGUCCCCCGUCCGCAUAUUGA